AUGGUGAAGGUGGAUGUGAGAAGGGAUUACUACGCGGAGCUAUGUAUUGAUAGCCGUGCGGAGCCAGAGGAAAUCAGAAAACAAUACAGGAAACUCGCAUUCAAAUACCACCCCGACCGAAACCCAGGAAGAGAAACAGAGUUCAACUCAAAAUUUCAAGCACUCCAGACCGCCUACGAGGUUCUCAAUGACUCUCAGUUACGAAGCAAGUAUGAUACGGACAGAAUCCGCGCUGGCUAUGGAAAACACUAUAGCUCUUCGCGGGCAACUGCUACCCCUAGGACACAAAGUUCGGGAACUCCAUUUGCUCCCACGCCUCCGCGAAGAACGCCAACAAGCACUGGGAACAAGUCUGGCUAUCCCCCCACAGGAUCGUACGCUCCUCCACCACCAACCUCUGGGGCACAGAAAUGGAACAACUACACGAAACCUGGCGCUUCAAAGUGGGAUAAGGUAUAUGAAGACGCAAGGACACGAGCUGAAGCGUAUCAUGGAUUUCAAAAUAUGAAACAUAAUUCCCAUCCUGCUGGUGGAUGGACGAAUUUCGACCCACGGACGGGACGCUCAUCGCAGGAGGCAGGGCGGACUGAAAAGCCUCCCACAGCGAAGGCACAACAAGGUCAAAGACCUCAUUCUGCAUAUGAAUCUUAUUUCAAUCCACAGAAGCAGACAGCCCCUCAAAGAUCACAGACAACUAAGAAAAGAAAUGGAUUUGCUCCCGGAACGCCUGGGGGAGAUGAACCAAUGGCAAAGAGUACUUCAGCCUAUGCCAGCGUUUCGAGAGGUGAGAGGGCUCAAGCCUCAAAUCCCUUAUUUGAACAAGCGCCGUCGCCUACGAAGAAGAAAUUUACCGGCGAUUCGAACCCUUCUUCAAUGCCGAAUUUGGAAAGGACUAGCAGUAGAUAUGCUACCGCUGGCGGGGAGAAGACUUAUGUGUCGAGUGCGGGCUUGGGGUUUACCAGCAGCGCCCGUACCCUGUUUGAAGAUCCCGGGCCUCGUCCUCGAACAAAUCCACCGAGUCCAACUGCUACUCCAGUUGGAGGAAGGCAUCACAGCGAGAGUCCUAAGCUGAGACCUAGUCGUAACCAUGCUUUCACUUCUUCCCCUACCUCGAGUGACUCGGAUGAGAUUCUCCCCACUUUCCGCCCGAAGGCCAAGCCGCGUACAAGAAUUCGCAACAAGGGAAACGCCAACGCGUAUACGAACUAUAACAAAGGAUAUAGCAGUGGCGACACCUCUUCAGCAUGGGCAAUGCACCCCGAUUCAUGGCUGUUCGGUGAGACGAAUAACGGCCAUAAAAAAGCGCCUGCAAAGGGUAACCGCGGGGACUUUGGUGGCUGGGGAACGGAUCCCAACAGUUUCCAUGACGGAAUUGAAUCAGACAGAAGCAGCCGCAGAAAAACUGCGGAGCGCGCGUCGAAGUCGUUCAAACAAUUUUCUAGUAAUGCCGACAGUGAUGAAAAUGCCCGAAGGGAGACGGGAGUUCCAGCUUCUAAUGAGGGCCGCAAUCCCUCGUCUAGUAAUAUUUUCGGUGCGAUCAACGUGAAUGAAAUCCAUAAGACAACGCCAAAAAGCAAAAGCCACGACUACAUUAACACUAGUUUCUCAGCAAAGGAAUGGAGUGGCACCUUUGGGGAUGGCGUACACUUUUUCACUCCUGCAUCGUCUAGCAGCUCUGCAUUUGUCUCGAAGACAAUACCAACACGAGGUAGAACUCUGAACAAGCCUGGCAUAUCCUCCCAUUUUCAGCCAUCGGACUCUUCACAGACUGCAACCAAUCCCAGCGCAGAUCGUGCUUCCUCUCAACCACUUCCACCGUUUGCAGAAGCGAAGUUUUCAGCUGAUCAUUGGGCAGAACUCCUCAAAAACAACGAAUGGACAAUUCCACGCCCCGACGCAUUUCAAUCGCAGCAAAUGGACUCUCGCCGUCACAAGAGCCCCAAGAAACAAAGCAGGCCUUCGAAACGCCACGCGGUUCCGCGACCGGCGACUGUGACAUCAGAAGCUGAAGAGGCGGCAACGAUGUACGCGUCUGGUGUGCAAACGGCUGAGAAUACCAUGAACGGAGCUGCUGAAGCGAUGGAUAUUGACGAGACAAUACCUUCCGCAGGCCUCCAAAAUAUACCAACCGCGACUCCAAAGGAACCAACCAACUCCUCCAAUGUUAGAAACCCCCUUGCUUCUAACACAGGUCCCGAUCUUCUCGAUUUAACGGACAUUGGGCUGGUUAACCCAUUCACCGCAACUAAUAGUAGCGGCAUUAACGACUUGAAGGACUUAAAUACUACUCUUCCGUUUGAUUCUCAGCCCGAGUCGAUUCGAACACGUAUUAAACCAAAGGAUCUCUCUCUACCCAAACCACCCAAAGUUCCGACUGCUCCUAAGUUUACUGUCAAUCCGGGGCUUCCGGGCAUGAAGCCAGAACAAAUUCUCGCUCGGGGAAUGUGGGAUCGGUUUAUGACCGAUAUGGCGGCGUAUAUGAACGAAUUCAAUCGGUUUAAUCGAACCAUGCUUUCCCAUUUUAACUCGAGACAAAACUCCGUUGAUACAUUGCUAUCACCAAAUUGGAUGAGUGCUAGAGGUGACAGUAAUCGGUUGAAUCUGGAUGGGAAUCAAUGCCCUGCGGCCGGGGAUGACGAAGACGAAAGCAGCGACGAGAACAGCCUAAGUAAUACUGGGAAAUUUGGCUUUACUGCCUACGUGCGUGGAAUGGAAGAAGACUUUGUUGUUCGUCAACACUGGGAAAUCGCGUGGGAACGCCAUCGUCAGAGUAUCUUGGAGCUUGGACGCCUACGUGCCUGGAUUCGAGAAGGUGCAAAAAGGCAGCUGGGUUCGAAUGCCGAAUCUUUGAUUUAA